GCGACGGGCGCGGAAAUGGCGGAGGCGGAGGAGUGUGAGAGGCAGAAGACGGGGAGGAGGAGGCGGCGGCGGGGCAGGAGGAAGGGCGACGGCAGCGACCCCGUGGAGGUGCUGGGGGAGGAGGUGAUUGGGCUGGUGAUGGAGCUCCUGGACGCGCGCAGCGUCGCACGAUGCACGGCGGUCUCCCGCGCCUGGUACGAGGUCGCCGCCGACAACCGACUCUGGGCACCCAAGUGUGCUGAACUGAUGGCCGGAAAGGCACAUAUUCCUCGUCUGACAAUGAUCCGUACUGCAUCAAAAUUGUCUACCUAUUCAAUGGCCAUCAUGGAUGGCAAACGGAAUCGGAUCACAAGAGAGGAUCUCUGUGAUCAUGCAUGGGAAUAUCAUUUCACUAUUGCAGCACCAGAGUACUGGAGAAAUCUCGAUCCGUCCUGGAAGCACACUGGUCCACCAAUGCGACGAUACUUCCACCAUGAUGGUUACCACAGUGCAGACCCUCAUGACGCUGUCUGGGGUGGCCAUGAGUGCGAAUACACGAUCAUAACAAGCUUUGUCGGUGAUGGAAGAAUCAGGGAUCAUUAUGUGAGGAUCAACCGGUGGCCACCGAUGAAAGUGUCGAGAAAGGAGGAUUGGAGCUGGGAGCUAUCCAACCACCUAUACCGCUACAACAGCAUCCCUGAUGCUGAAAAGGAAGGAUGUACAGGUCCGCUGUUCCCAGUUUGGUGAGUUCACUUCUAUGGUCGCAGAUCAGCGCGUCUGUGGUGUCAUCCCGCAAUCUUCUGGUCGUCGAAAUCAAGCCUUGAUCUUCCAUCUGGAUGAAUAUUGCAGCAGGAGACUUUGUUUUGGAGCAAUUAAUUAGCUAUGAACUUUUGUGGAGGUACUUAGUUCUUUUAGAGAGAAUGGAUAACUUAGCUAAGCUCAGGUGUGUGAGCUAAUAUGCAUGGUAGUACAGUAGUUGCAGCUAGCCUUUGAUGAUACCUUGUGUUCGUCUCGCUAGUUUGGUCUUUUGCCACGUAUGUGAUCUGUAAAAUACCCUGAACUACUAGAAAUGGUAUGGUGUGUGUAAACCUUCUUUGUUGUCUAUGUGUGCUAUGAUAUAUAUGCGGUUAAUGA